CAAGAAGAAGAAGAAGAAGCUGUUGGGGCCGGCCGAGCCGUUUCGGCGGUUCUUCAGAAAUCGCCCGGGAACAGACCACCAGUGACACUAACAACACAGCAACUCUCAGUAUCACACCGUCUACUGUGAGGUGAACCAAAAUGCCCGCCACUACAGAAAUACACAUAGCAGACGGCUGUAAAAUGGAGGAAAAGACUCAGCCGCCGCCACCGGAAGAGAAGAAGAACUUAGGUGUUUUCUGUGAUGAACGCGGGUACCUGGAUCAGAUCGAGUACAUCAUGCAGAACGGCCGCAAGAAGGGGGACCGCACCGGGACAGGAGUCCUCUCUGUGUUUGGUGUUCAGGGCAGAUACAGUCUGAAAGAUCAGUUUCCCCUGCUGACGACCAAGAGAGUGUUCUGGAGAGGGAUCCUUGAAGAGCUGCUGUGGUUUAUUAAGGGGUCAACAAAUGCCAAGGAGCUCUCAGAGAAAGGGGUGAAGAUUUGGGAGGCCAACGGUUCCCGGGAAUUCCUGGACAACGCUGGGUUCACAGAGAGAGAGGAGGGCGACCUGGGGCCGGUGUACGGUUUCCAGUGGAGGCACUUUGGUGCCGAGUACACAAACAUGCACGCAGAUUACAUAGGACAAGGUGUCGACCAGCUGCAGAAGGUCAUCGACACCAUCAAAAAGAAUCCAGAGGACAGACGGAUCAUCAUGUGCGCCUGGAACCCCAAAGACCUGCCCCUCAUGGCUCUGCCCCCCUGCCACGCCCUGUGUCAGUUCUACGUGUGUGACGGCGAGCUGUCGUGUCAGCUGUACCAGCGCUCUGGUGAUAUGGGCCUGGGGGUGCCUUUCAACAUCGCCAGCUAUGCACUUCUUACGUACAUGAUCGCACACAUCACAGGACUCAAGCCUGGUGACUUUGUUCACACUCUGGGAGACGCUCACAUCUACUUGAACCACAUCGAACCUCUUAAAGUACAGCUGCAGAGGGAGAUCCGCCCCUUCCCCAAGCUGAAGAUCCUGAGAACAGUGGAGAGUAUCAAUGAUUUCCGUGCAGAGGACUUUGAGAUCUGUGACUACAACCCUCAUCCCACCAUUAAGAUGCAGAUGGCUGUUUAAAAACACAGUUAAUGGUGUGUAGGAAGUGCUUUUCAAAAUGUGUGUCACAUUGCUUUAUUUGUACUGUAUACAUCCUUCACUCUCUUUUUAAGAAAGAUCAUAUUUUAAGUUCAGUUCAUCCAAAUCACAAAAAAGGUAAGUGCGUUAAUUUUAUUGUGAUUUUGGUGAACUGGCCCUUUAAACCAUAUCAAGGUCUUCCAGAGGUGUUUCCUCCAAGUGUAAACAAACCUCCACUCAUGGUACAUUUUUUGUAGUUGAACUGCUGAUGCACUUAGUUUCAUCACCAGAGGAGGAAUGUUAAGGUUGCUUGUUGUAAAUGCCAGUUUGAUCUGUUUGAUUUUAUUACUUAUUUCUAAUUGUAAAUAAAGACUGUUGUUUCAGA